AUGAUUCCGCCAAUCGAGCAGGGCGCUGUGUUUGUGAUUGGGCUGCAAAAGGCGGGGACAAGCCAGCUGCACGCCAUCCUGCUGCGCGUGCUUGGGCUCGUCAGUGCAGAGCACGCCGGGCCUGAGGCCCUGGGCAACAAGGAACUCCAUUUCUUUGAAGGCAAGCACUCUGAUUGCGCCCUCAACGCCUCCUCGCCCGCCCUUGCGUGCCUCGCCUCCUUCUCGCGGCAAGCAAAGAUGGCGCGAAUGCUGCAGAAUGGGUGGGUCACCGACGCGACACCCGAUUACUUUGGCAGUCCACGAGCGCUUCGCGCCCUGCCGCUGACGUUCCCACCCAGGGAGGGCGUGCUGCCGCGCGUCAGGAUCAUCCUCACGCUUCGCGAACCCACCGACCGCGCCUUCUCGGCCUACAUCAACAACCGGCGCCAGUGCCUCCUGCCUCGCCUGCCGGCUGCAGUCCUGGCGGACCCGGUGCGGCGCGAGGCCGCGGAGCGGAUGCGCUCCUUUCGCUGCGAGCCACGCACCUUUGAGGAGGCGGUGCAGGACGAGAUGGCGGCUCUCCUAUCCAGCUGCUGGCCAUCAAACGCCAGCAGCACAGUCACCCCGCACCCACGCAAGAGUGCCGCCUUGGACUUGGCGGCGCGGUUUGCCCAGCAGUGGGACAUCUCGCCGGUCAACGUCUGGGAGAACUACAUGCGCUGGUCGCCGCCGUGGCCUGUGGCUCCCAGGCCGCUGCCGGAGGAGGGGCAGUGCGCCCUCGAGAGCUGCUGGAUCCAGCCUGUCUUCCCGAAUCGUCGCGGCUGCAAGGGGUACCUUGCCAACUCGCUCGUGGCGGCCAAGCUGCGGCUCUGGUCGGCUGCCUACGGCCCUCAGCUGCUCGUCGUAAGCUUUGAGGACACGACGUCCGAGCCCGCAGGGACGGCAGAGAGGCUUGCAGCCUUCCUGGGCGUGCCGCGCACGGCGCUCGAGGAGCGCCGGUCGUCUCUCGAGGCGCUCUCCGACCACAGCUGCUGGCACAGCUGUGGCCACAAGCAGCGUCUUGCCGCGGAGCAGCCGGCAAACUUCAGCACCGUGCUCCCUGCAGUGCGCUCCGCCCUCGAUCUCUUCUUUUCGCGCGAUCAGAGAGAUCUGGGGGCGUUUCUCUCCCAGGCGCAAGUCCCUGGAUCGGAGCGUGUUCUGGCCAGGAUGCCACGGCGCGCGUGUGGCCGUUGCGGAAGUUGGCGGCGAUCAGCGGCAGGCGGCUGA